GGACCUCUCGUGACGUCAUUGGGCGGCCCGGAAGCGGCAGCACGUGUGUAUCUUUCCGUACUACCCUGCUCCUCGGCUUUGGUGUCACUAAUCAUGGGUCGCUCCCGCCGGACCGGCGCGCACCGAGCACAUUCCUUAGCCCGCCAGAUGAAGACCAAGAAGGGGCGGCCGGACCUGGAUGAGAUUCACCGUGAGCUGAGGCCGCAGGGCCUCCCGCGGGCCAAGCUGGAGCUGGACACCGAGCCCGACCCGGAUCUGCCAGGGGGCGGCCUGCAUCGCUGUUUGGCCUGCGCGAGGUACUUCAUCGAUUCUGCCAACCUGAAGACCCAUUUCCGAUCCAAAGACCACAAGAAGAGGCUGAAGCAGCUGAGCAUCGAACCCUACAGUCAGGAAGAGGCAGAGAGGGCAGCGGGCAUGGGCUCCUAUGUGCCCCCCCAGCGCCUGGGCGUGCCCACAGAAGUGUCCACUGAGAUCCCGGAAAUGGACACAUCCACCUGAGGGGCCUUUGGAUGCAGGGCAGAGAAACUCCAUGGACAGUGAGUGGUUCAGCGGCUAGACUGAGGGUUUGGGGGAGAAGAUCUCUUCUGGAUGUUCUACUCAAAAUAAAGGACCCGGACAAGA